AUGAGUCUGAUUCUGAACAACUUUCGUACCCGGAUAAUUAAAGGUUUUCGAAGUCAGAUAAUGCCAAUUUCGAUUCCAAGUGAAUUAAUUGGUUCAAUUCCGAGACCAGAGAAUUUACUCCAAGCCACUAUCAGCUAUGAAAGCGAUCUUAUAUCACGUGGAGUAUUACAUGAAAUACAACUGAAAGCAAUUGAAGCAACUCUUCGAGAACUGGAGGAUAUAACUCAUUCUGAAAUACUGACAGAUGGUGAACAAACAAAACCAUCAUUCUUAACAUAUCCCAUUUAUGAAUUAAUCUACGAAUAUUAUCGAUUUGAUAAUGACUGUUUUAAAAUUACUUUCAGUGAUGGUCAUGUUCGAGCAUUACCGCGCCUCAUCAAAGGACUAUUUUGCUAUGCAACAUAUGCUUACAAGUAUUUAAAUGUUGCUAAACACUUUACUAAGAAACCAGUGAAACAAGCUGUUAUCACAGCAUCAGCAUUAUCAAUGGUCUAUUCACCGACGCUAUCGGACAACACUAUUGAAAAUUAUCCAAGGGAGCAAUUCCUUCGAGAUUUAUGUAAUGAAUGUGAAAAAGAUAUUCGAUUGUGUUUAGGUAAGAGUUAUUGUAUUUGGCGUCAUCCAUUGAAUCAAAUGGGUUUUUGA